AUGGCAGAGGAGGAAGAGGGUGGUGUGGAGGAGGCAGACAUAUUCCUAGCAUUCGCCCAGGGUCCCACUCCUCCUCGGGGGCCCUUGCGGCGGGCGUUGGACAAGCUCUUCCUCACCUUCUUGGUCCUCUUCCUGACACUACUGAUGCUGGAGGCUGCUUACAAACUGCUGUGGCCACUGCCAUGGGCCAAGUUUCGGGACUGGCUCCUGAGGACCCCCGAGGAGGAGGCAGCUCUGGAACUGUGA